AGAACAGGUCGGCCAGGCAGGAGAGGAGCGUCUCCUUCGUGCGCCGGUUCUUCGCCUUGUACUCUAGCACCUUCUCCCGGAACGGGCGGCAGAAGUAGAGCGCCUGCAGGACCGAGUUGCUGUAGCAGGUGUUGCCGAACUGGAAACAGCAUUGAGAACCGGAUUUGAGUCAGUGUGUGUGUGUGUGUUGUGAUGGAAUGUGAAACUAGUCAGUGGACACUCCCUGGAGAGGGGAGCACGGGCGGACAAAUACUCACAUUGACCAGUCCGAAGUAAUGCUCGUUCGGAGGGAACUGGUCUGACCCGAUGUCACGCUCGAGUUGGGAAAUGUUGGCACCCUGCAGGGGGAAGAAAGAGCGAGCAAAAGGUGAAUUCAAUGUUACGGCACGGGUCCCACCAACCAGUCCCCCUCAGAGAGGGGGGACCGACCAUCACCAGUUUUGCCGAUGCAAAAUGACCAAACAACAACAACGUCACUCACCAUCCUCUUCCAGUAAGAUGCACCAUUAAAACACCCUAUUCUUGCUGCAGGCACGUCACGUCAAGAGGAUCCAGGAGCACACGGGAAGCCGAUUCAACAAAAGCAAGCCUGUUCUGUCCAGCUUAAUAUGUGUUUUUCUUUUUUCGCACGCAAACUGUUUGCCAGAGGAAAUUUCCAGCGCCUUUCGGAAGGGGGAAUGAAGUUUUUUCCCUGUUCAGGGCUGCCUCGCAACCGUGUUUGACGUGUGUGACAGCUGCGCAGCUGUCGCUGGUUGGCAGCUGUCAAGCGGGCUCGCCCGCCCGUGUGCUGCCAACUGUGCGGAAACAGAAUAGCGGCGUUUUCUUUUCAUUCCUUUCCGGUCUUCCUGUCAAACGUCGCGAAAUUUUGCCUGCCCGAUCGCUCCGAAUUUUCGCUACUGCAGACGCACCCGAGGCAGCCAAGGAUGGCCAAAAAGAAGGGAGAAGACCAGGACUUUGAGGAGGAGCCCAACUUUGACGAUCCGGAGGGAUUCGUGGACGAUGUAUCGGACGAGGAACUGCUGGGAGACUUCCUGCGGCAAAAGCCGUGCGAAUCGGAUGGCGUAGAGAAUGUGAUUGUCGUGGACAACAUUCCGGUCGUCGGUGCGGCCCGCUUCCCCAAGCUGAAGGGCAUCAUCGAGAAGAUCUUCAAGAAUGCCGGCACGAUCGUGAACGUCCACUACCCGAAGGACGAGGAGGACAACACCAAGGGGUACGCGUUCGUCGAGUACAAGAACCAGGAGAGUGCGGAGGAGGCGGUCAAGUCGCUGAACAACUACCGGCUGGACAAGCACUACACGCUGCUGGUGAACCGGUUCGCCGACUUCCAGAAGUACUCGGACAUCCCGAAGGAAUGGUCCCCGCCCCAGCCGCAACCGUACAAGGUGCAGAACGACCUGUACAACUUCCUGCUGGAGGCGGACGCCCAGGACCAGUUCUGCGUGGUGUCGGAAACGGUGCCCGGCUCGGUGCAGGUACAGUUCUGCCAGAACACGCAGCCGGAACCGACGGAGCUGCUCAAGCGCGAGCGGUUCACUGACACGUACGUCAAGUGGUCCCCGAAGGGUACGUACAUCGUGACGUUCCACAAGCAGGGUGUCGUCGUGUGGGGCGGCUCGAGCUUCGUCAAGGUGAACAAGUUCGCGCACAGCAACGCACAGUUCGUGGACAUUUCGCCCUGCGAGCAGUACCUGGUGACGUACGGCCCGAACGGCCAGAAGAUCGUCAUCUGGGACAUUCGCACCGGGGCGGAGAAGCGUACGUUCGUGUCGGACGGCAUGUCGAACGCGUCCAUGCUGCGCUGGUCGCACGAUGACCGGUACGUGGCCCGGCUGGUCGACAGCCAGAUCCAGAUCUACGACACGACCACCUUCUUCCUGCUCGACAUGAAGUCGAUCCGGGUGGAGGGCAUCCGCAACUUCAGCUGGUCGCCGACCGACAACAUCAUCGCCUACUGGGUCGCGGAGGAGGUGGACGUGCCGGCGAAGGUGACGCUGAUGGCGAUCCCGAAGAAGACGGAGCUGCGCACGAAGAACCUGUUCAACGUGGCCGACUGCAAGAUCCACUGGCAGAAGUCGGGCGACUACCUGUGCGUGAAGGUGGACCGGUUCUCCAAGUCGAAGAAGGAGAAGAAGGACAAGAAGGACUCGGACGUGAAGUUCCUCGGCAUGUUCUACAACUUUGAGAUAUUCCACAUGCGCGAGAAGGACAUACCGGUGGAUUCGGUCGAGGUGAAGGAAACGAUCCUGGCGUUCGCCUGGGAGCCGGUCGGCUCGAAGUUCUCCAUCAUCCACGGCGAGCCGUCGUCCGCCAACGUGAGCUUCUACGAGACGAACAAGGGCCAGGAGCCGGUGCUGGUGAAGAAGCUGGAGAAGAAGGUGUGCGGCCACCUGUUCUGGUCGCCCCGGGGACAGUUUAUCGUGCUGGCCAACCUGCAGAUGGGCACGUUCGAGUUUGUCGACACGAACGAUUUCAGCAUCAUGAAGACGGGCGACCACUACCGUGCCUCGGAGGUGGAGUGGGACCCGACCGGUCGGUACGUCGUGACGGGCACUUCCGGAAAGGCUAAGGAAGACCAGGGCUACUACAUGUGGUCAUUCCAGGGGCGCAUACUGAAGCGCGUCAAUCUAAAGAACUUCAUGCUGUUCCUGUGGCGGCCGCGCCCACCGACCCUGCUGUCGGACGCCAAGCAGAAGGAGAUUCUCAAGAACCUCAAGAAGUACUACUCGCAGUUCGAGAGCAAGGACCGUUUGCGUAUGACGCGCGCAUCCAAGGAGCUGAUCGAGAAGCGUGCCAAGCUGCGCGAGCAGUUCACCGAGUACCGAUCGAAGCGCGUCAAGGAGUGGGAGGACCAGAAGAAGCGUCGCAUGCAGUUGCGAAACAACGUCGACACAGAUACGCUGGAGGCUGAUCCAGAUAAUGUAGAGGAGGAAAUUGUUGAAAUACUUGUACGUGAAGAUACCACCGUCAUCGAGUAAUCCGUAGAAGGCAACCCCAACAUCCUCGUCGUUCGGCGUGGUGUGUUUCGGUGGCGUAUGUAAGCAAACCGCCGUCAACAUUCGACCCUUGCGCUGGUGUGACCGCUGCUUUCGUACCGGGGAGCGCUGUCACACGUUCGGGGAUCUUUUACUGCGGUGGGAGGUACGCAACAAGCGACGGAAGAAAGGAAGAGAGUGAAAAGAGAGGGUGGUUGGGGAGGACAGCAAAUUCCAUACACGCCGCGCACACAGCCUCCGCGCAACAUUUGCUUUAACAUUUUAUAGACCCGACCAACGCAAGAUCCUGUUCCUCGGGCAACGCAGCUAGCAAAAGGAUACGGUUACAGUGUGUGUGUGUGUGUGUGCGUGCGUGUGUGUGCAUCAUUUGGAGCGAGCUCCUGAAUGUGCACACGUGUUGUUUCCCGGCGAGAAAAGGAGGCUUUCGUUCAAUGGUGUAUGGGAAGAUCCGGUUCAUAGCAGACAAUUGCAGUUGCAAAGUGACAUUUUGAGGCAACUUCUGCAAUCAUCAUCGUCAUCGGGCAGUAGUCGUACAGCUUGUGUGCCGUUAGAAUACCAUCAAUUCCGGUUCUAUUUCGAAGUAGAGUAACUAAACCUAUUCCUCAAGUAAGGUAAUCGUGUACGUACCGUUCAGUAAAAUCGAAAAAAGCGUACUAUUAAACAGUAUGAUCAUUAAUAAAUAUAAUAUGCUAUUGUACGAUACAUCAUUGGACGGAACAGAA